UCGGGCAUUAGUUGAUAAUGGUGCUGGGUCUGACAGCGAGCCGGCAGCUGUUGUCUCUUCAACAUUGCUUCGUGCUAUGUCGCAACAUAAAGUCAGGAAUUGGCGCCAGAGGUGCAUCUCUGGAUAGUGUUGUCUCUGCAUUCAGGUCAGUAUGUGGUGAAGACGGCGUCUCGUUGGGUGAUGCUAUCAGACAACAACAUGGGAAAGAUGAAUCUAUGCACAGAUGUCGCCAGCCAGAUGUUGUGGUGUUUCCUCAUUGUGUGGAGGAGGUCAGCGCCCUCGCAAAGGUCUGCCACAACCACUGCCUUCCUAUCAUCCCCUUUGGCACUGGAACUGGCCUGGAGGGAGGGGUCAGUGCAGUGAAGGGUGGUGUAUGCUUCAGUCUGAGGAACAUGGACCAGGUUCUUGAUCUCCAUCCGGAGGACUUUGAUGUGAUGGUGGAGCCUGGAGUGACCCGGAAGGCCCUCAAUGCCUACCUGCGAGACACUGGCCUGUGGUUUCCUGUCGAUCCUGGAGCUGAUGCGUCUCUGUGUGGUAUGGCCGCCACUAGUGCAUCUGGUACCAAUGCAGUGCGUUAUGGAACCAUGAGAGAAAAUGUCAUAAACCUGGAGGUGGUACUUGCUGAUGGGACGAUCAUACACACUGCUGGGAAGGGCCGACGUCCCAGGAAGACUUCAGCAGGAUACAACCUCACAAACCUGUUUGUGGGGUCAGAGGGCACCCUGGGGAUCAUCACCAAGACGACACUGCGUCUUUACGGCAUCCCAGAGGCCAUGGUGUCAGCCGUCUGCUCUUUUCCCUCCGUCCAAGCUGCUGUGGACAGCACCGUGCAGAUUCUACAAGCUGGAGUUCCCAUCGCUCGAAUCGAGUUUCUAGAUGAUGUGAUGAUAGAUGCUUGCAACAGGUUCAGCUCUCUGUCCUAUCCUGUGAGCCCGACUCUCUUUCUGGAGUUCCACGGCUCUGAGCGUAGCCUGGAGGAACAAGUCAACACAGCUGAGGACAUCACGCAGAGUAAUGGAGGCUCAGAUUUCCAGUGGGCUCAAGAUUCGGAAACACGGAGCCGGUUGUGGAAAGCUCGUCAUGAUGCCUGGUAUGCUGCUCUGGCUCUGAGACCUGGCUGCAAGGCCUACUCUACAGACGUGUGUGUCCCUCUGUCUCGACUACCUCAAAUCAUAGUGGAGACAAAGAAGGACCUGACUGAGAACAGACUUACAGGUCCCAUAGCAGGUCAUGUGGGUGAUGGUAACUUUCACUGUCUGAUGGUGUUGGACCACAACGAUCCAGGAGAGGUAGAGAGGGUUCACCUGUUCACUGAGAGACUGGCCAGGCGGGCCCUAGCCAUGGGAGGUACCUGUACAGGGGAGCAUGGAGUGGGUUUAGGCAAGAGAGCUCUGCUGUGUGAGGAGAUGGGACCCAUGACCAUCCAGGUGAUGCAAUCUCUCAAGGACGCCCUCGACCCAAACAACCUGAUGAAUCCUGGGAAAAUUCUGCACCCAAGAGAAGCUUGAAGACACAGCCAGUCGGUGGCAUGCUUGAAUGAAAGAAAGAAUGAAUGAAUGAAUGAAUGAAUGAAAUGACGUUUUAACAGCACCUUGCACAUUAGAAGUAUUUCUUAAAGCAGGAAUUGGGAUCCAGGCAGGGAUAAAUCUAAUGACAAGAGGACAUUCUACGAAAUACAUUACUAUUUAUAAUGGGAAUUACUGGGAAUUGUACAUAUCGCCAUUAAUGAACAAUGUACUGUUUUCCAAUGUAAGCAGUAGACAUUUAAUCUGAAAAUGUAAGAGAAUCAAGAUAGUGAAUGGAUUAUGAUGUAAGUCCUCACCAUGUAGCAUUUGUCAUGCAAACACUAUAUGUCUGUUUGAAUUAGGGUUACUCUGCCUGACCAAAGAGCCUUUAAAUACUCAGGCUAAUUCUGUUAACUGCCAAUAAUUAUGGUUAAAUAAACUAUCAAUAACUGAAUUGGACUGCUUUGUACUUUUUUGUUAAUAAAAAUUAUUGUUUUGAAAAUGUAAUAUUUUAUAUGUGGUUUCUGUCUCCUCAC